GUGUGAAGUGUAGAACCCGCCUGUCCGUAGUUUUUGCGCGCAAAAGAUCAUUUCGGGAAAACCAAGUUUCGCGCAAACGUCGAAGAGCGUCGCCGGAAACGUAUGACGCAGCGCGUACCACGUGACCGAAACGUCAUGACGCCGUUCUAGCGCCGCGCGGCGGGUUUAAAGCGUGUUGGUGGGAGAGAAACCGUCUCCUGUUAGGCGGUGUCUUCAACAAAUCCCGUUUUUCAAUGGAAAUGCCUCUAGAUAACAUGCCUCUGCAGGAGCUGUCCUUCGUCAGCCUCCAGGGCUCCAUGUUGUCCCAGCAAAACACAGUCCACAAACGCAAGUCCAGAGGUGGUCUCAGCCAGGGCCUGGAGUCCGAGUGCACCCCGACAGAGCUAACCCAGCAGUGGUCCCCACGACCCAAGUACCAGCGGGUGGCGAGCAAGGGAAAAGAGAAUGAAGGGAACCAUUUUGUCCUGGCCAGGAGACCCAGAAAGAGCGAGUCAGCAUCAGCGAGCAUCUCCUGGGAGCGUCUUCCGGAUGAACUCCUCCUAAGGAUCUUCUCCUGCCUCCCUCUGCACGACCUGCUGAGAGCAUCGGUGGUCUGCAAACGCUGGAGAUGUUUGGCGUUCGAUGAGUCCCUGUGGCACAGCGUGGAUCUGGAGGGGCUGACGGACGCGGGCCCGGCUCUGCAGCAGGUUCUGAGGACGGGGAUCUGCCGCCUGCGCUGCCCUCACGCCUUUGUGGAAGAGCUCACGCUCAAAGGCAUCGGCCCUUUGAAAAUAGUUGAAAUGGAUCUGUCCAACUCAACCCUUCCCCUGUCAGCUCUGGAGGACAUCAUGGAUAACUGCAAACUGCUCCAGUGUUUGAGCCUCGAAGGCCUGCAACUCUCCGACAAUAUUAUGAGGUGCCUCGCUGAGAACCCGAACCUUUUGCAUCUUAAUCUAAGUACCUGCUCCAAGUUCUCCGCACCGGCUCUGGCCGACAUGCUCAACUCCUGCUCCAGGAUCAAGCAGUUGAAUAUAUCAUGGUGCAGCUUCGAUAACGACCACGUGAAGAGCAUCGCUCAGAAUCUAAGCCCCACCGUCACCGACCUGAACCUCAGUGGUUACAGAGACAGCCUCACGCUAGAUGAUCUCAAAGUGCUGGUGGAAAGAUGCCCCCAAAUUCAAACUUUAGACAUCAGUGACAGCACCCUGCUGACGACCGACAGCUUCUGUGUCCUCAAACAACUUCAACAUCUGCAGCAUCUGUCCCUGAGCCGCUGCUAUCGCAUUCCCCUCGCUGCUGUCACGGCCCUGGGGAAGAUGUGUCCGGCCCUUCACCUGCUGGACAUAUUCGGCCUCGCUCAGGACACCCAGCUGCCCCCCCUGAAAAAGGAGAUGCCCCAGGUUAGCAUCAACUCCAGGCCUUUCUCCAGCGUUGCCCGGCCGACCCCCGCCAGUAAAAUGGCCGCCGAACACACCAUGUGGAACAGGACGUGUCGGCUGAGGUUCAGACUCUAGUAGCAGCGUCUUCUCGAUUUUGUUUUUUAAGCCGUUGUUUUUAAAACUCUCGUUUGGCGUAAUGCAAUGAUUUAGCCAUUGUAGCCGGAGUUUGUUGCUGCUAUAAGAGGAGGAUUUUGGGCUUGCAAGUGCUUUUGGUGCCACAUAACGACCACUGUAUUUUAUGUGACGCGCACGCAAGCUCGGAUCGAACCAUUCAAGUUCAAUGAUGCUCAGAAUUUCAUUAGUUGAUCUGUUGUUUCUGAUAAAGAGUUAACUUAAAUGUUUUUAUGAAGGAAGCGCAUCUUAACCGGCUAAGUUUGAAAUGAUGAUUUGUCUCUGGUAUAGGAAAACUGUAAAUACAAUUUUUAUGGUUGGUAAAUGGUCCUCUUUUCUGCUUCAAUACUUUAUAGUCAAGUGUAUUUUGAAGAAUUUGAAUUUUAAAAAUAAAAAACAAAACGAUACAAAAAAAACCAAGUCAUUCUGAUAAAGAUUUACGAAUCCAUUCUCUAACCUGAAAUGCGUUUUCCUCUUGUAUAUAGAUCCAAAUCUACCAAAUCAUUGACUGAGAACAGAGGUAGGGAUGUUCCAAGUGAGACAUGACCUUAAAAAAUGCAUAAGAAAUUAUAGACUGCAUCAUGUGGGCCACUAUCCAUAAAACUGAGAACUAAAUAAUUGGCUAAUAAAAAGCACACAGAAGCAUUUGUUCCAAACCACUUUAUCCAAAAAAACAAAUCACUGUAAACAUAAGCGUUUCCACGGGACGUUUUCCCUUGAUCAUGUCUC